AGAUCAAUAUUUUAAAAAGCCAAUAUUACUUCUUCAUUUUAUUUGAAAAGAGAGCAUCAUGGAAAGGAAAGCCUUCCUGUGUAUCCUUUACUUUAUCCUAUUGGUUGCUCCUGCUUCCAUCUUCGCCAAUGCAAGGAUAAAGAAAGAGCAGUCAAGAAAUAAACGUCAGGCCCAAGCCCUCUUACCUCUGGCGUCUUUUGCUGGAAUGUCUGUGAAUGCUCCUCUCUUCCUAGCGCUAGUAGCAAUUUAUGGAAUCGCAGAAGUUGCACGACAUACAGCUGGCAAUAGUCGAAAUCACAAUUGUGGAAACUGGUUCAAAGAUGGAUGGUGUAGAGAAGAGUGUUUUUCGCAUGAGUACAAUGAUCCUAUUUCAGCGGCUAUCUGUGGAGGUUGGAAUUGUUGCAAGUCCAGUGUUUGAGACGACAUAUACGUUGCAAUUCAAUGAAUAUUACAAAAUAAUAAAUUGCAAAAUUAUAAUGAUUCUACAGCAAUGAAUAUAGUAUGUGUUCUUCAUGUUAACAUUGAAUUAUCUAGAUUGACAUACAUUCUUAAAUAUUUUGUCAUUGUUUGUGUGUUA